AUGAGUCUGGGAAUCAUGGAAGAGGAAGAUCUGGCUGAGUACUUCCGGCUGCAGUAUGGGGAGCGGCUGCUGCAUUUGCUGCAGAAGUUCCCCUCGAUGGAGGAGCAGUCGGAAUCCCCAUCCAUCCGGCUGCUGGAGAAGAAGAAGGAGGCUACCAUCAUGCACCAUGCUAUGGAGGAGAAGAAGGAGGCAUUUAAACGCAAGAUGGAAGCCUUGAACCUGCGCUGGGAGGAGCUGGGCAUCAAGGAAGCCCAACUGAAAGCCCACAUCCAGAAGUUUGAACAAUUCAUCCAGGAGAAUGACCAGAAGAGGAUCCGCGCGCUGAAAAAGGCCAACAAGGAGCGGGACCUCAAGAGGCAGCGCCUGCGAGAGCUGGCCAAGGCUAAGCAGGAGAUGUCGGCCCUGCGGCUGGAGCACCAGCGGCUGAGCACCAAGCUGCAGGAGUACUCCAUCUUCAACAAGUACCUGGAGAAGGUGGUGGAGAACUCGGAGUUUGAGGAGAUUCAUGAGGUCAUUGCACGCUACAAGACCCUGGUGAGUAUGCACCACGACCUCAUGCAGUCAGCCCAGGAAGGCCAGGAGAAAAUCGAGCGAGCCAAGGCGCGGCUGGCCCGAUACAUGGAGGAGAAGGACGACGAGAUCUUGCAGCACAACAACGAGCUCGCGCGGCUGCAGAUGCGCUUUGACCGUGCACGCAGUGAUGUCAUCAUCUGGGAAUCGCGGUGGGCACACAUACAAAACACAGCUGCCAAGAAGACCCUCCUGCUGGGUACCAUAAAGAUGGCGACCCUGAACCUCUUCCAGAUUGUGAGCAAGCAACUGAAGGAGAUGACCAACGUGUCACUGGAGGACACUCACAAACAGCUGGACAUGAUCCAGCAAUUCAUCCAAGACCUAUCAGACAUCUGGGCAGAGGUAAAGAAGAAAGACCCACCGCAGAUCCGGGUUUAAGGAGGAAACCAUGGCUUCUUAAGAAUGUUCUGAGGCAGAGGCUGACCAAAGGCCUGGUGAGCUUGCAGUGCAGCCAGGGCGGCCAGCCCAGCCCACGAAGGACCCCUGUGCCUGAUGCUGGCAAACACGGCCAUUCCCAUGUACUUCAGUCCACCCAGCUCUGAAAAGAUUAAAUGUUCUAAGAAGUUUGUUCUGAA